AUGAGGUAUCUCCUGGUGUUGUCAGUAAUAAUCUCACCAGCUUUGGCGUGUACGGGUGGCGGUGGUGGUUGCUGUUGCAUGCCGAGGAUGCCAAUGGGAAUGGGAAUGGGAAUGUGCAUGCCUUGUGCAUCGAGUAUGUGCAGCGUUUGCGGUUCGUGGGAUUAUGCUAGUAUGGGAGGUAUGGGAAGUUAUAUGGGAGGUAUGGGAGGUGUUAUGGUACCUGCUCUACGCGGUCAGCUGAUGGCGCUGACGCCCGUCGAGGGUGUGAUGAUCCCGGGUGGAGGAAUGGGUGGAGGACCAAUGGUCGGUGGCGGUGGUUGUGGAGUUGGCGGCGUUGCCAUGCCCAUGGGCGGUGGAUAUUCUGGCGGAAUAAUGGGCGCUCCCGUUGGCGGUGGAUACGCUACCGGAAUAGUACCCGCUCCCGUUGGCGGAGGUUAUGUCGCUUAA